AUGAGCGGUAAUACCCCAGUUUUGAGCGAGGCUGAGAAGGAGCACUUCCUUGAGAAGGGCUGGGUAAAGAUACCGAAAGCCUUUACAAAAAAACAAGCCGAGGAGGCCACCAAGGAUGUUUGGACACGACUCGGCAUGUCGCCAACCGACAAGAGUACGUGGAGCAGCCUACGAACCAACAUGCCAGCCGCACAGCUCCGUUUCGAUGCCUCUGAAUUCGCACCUCGCGCAUGGGCAGCCGCGACUGAGCUCUGCGGAGGUGAGGAGCGGAUAGACCCCAAGUGCCGCACAUGGUGGGAUACCUUCAUCGUGAAUCUCGGCACACCCGAGAACGAAGGCAAGGAAGUUGUGCCAAAGGAGUUGGACAACUAUCAUGUCGACGGGGACUUCUUCGUCCACUAUCUGGAUAGUCCUGAGCAGGGCCUCCUGAUCAUCCCUCUGUUCACCGAUGUAGUGCCCGGUGGCGGAGGUACCUACAUUUGCCCGGAUGCGAUGCCCAAGGUUGCAAGUUGGCUAUAUGACCAUCCAGAGGGGGUAUCCCCACGGAUGGUGCCGCGAGGGGAACCAGACUUUGAGAAAGAGAUGAACUUGGAUUGGUUCCUCAAUCUAGCACAAACAUGUGAGGAUUUUGUGGAGGUGACUGGAGAGGCUGGGGAUGUUUACCUCCUGCAUCCGCUGAUGUUGCAUUCAGCGUCGACAAAUCCACUACGGCGCGUCCGGAUCAUCACCAACCCACCUGUAUUUCUGAAAGAGCCAUUUUGUUUCGACAGACCGGAUGGCAAUUACAGUUUGGUGGAGCGCAGAACAAUCAGGGCGCUUGGGAAGGAGGCACCGCUUGACUGGAAAAUCAAAGGUCCAAGGGAAGCCGUUGUCCCGGCUAGGGUACGACGGUGGGAGAAGAUGAAGGCUGAGGAAGCGAGGAGAUUGGAGGAGGCACGGAAGCUCAUAGCGGCGUGA